AUGAAUUCAAAUAAUAAUAAUAAUCAAGAUGAAUCAACUAAUAAUACAAUUACAAAUAAUAAAGAAUAUAAAUUAUCAUAUAAAGUUGGUGUUGCAGAAGAUAUAAAUAAAAUGUAUAGACCAACAAUGGAAGAUGUUCAUACUUAUGUUGAAAAUUUUGUUGAAAGAUUAGAUUGGGGUUAUUUUGCAAUCUUCGAUGGUCAUGCAGGUAAAGAAGCUGCUAAAUGGUGUGGACAAAAUUUACAUUCAAUUAUUGAAAAAAAAAUUAUUGAAAAUGAAAAUGAAGAUGUUCGUGAUAUCUUGAAUCAAGGGUUUUUAGAAGCUGAUGAACAAAUUGUUAAAAAUUUAAAAGGUUCAAGUGGAUGUACUGCUGCUGUUGCAGUUAUAAGAUGGGAAUUACCAGAAGAAGAUCAAUCACAAGAUCAAUCACAAAUUCAACCUCAACCCCAAGAUCAACAACAAGAAAUUGAUUUAAGUAAACAUAAAAGAAUGUUAUAUACUGCAAAUGUUGGAGAUUCAAGAAUUAUAUUAUUUAGAAAUAAAAAGGCAAUACGAUUAACUUAUGAUCAUAAAGCAUCAGAUCAAUAUGAAAUUAAUAGAAUUGAAAAAAAUGGUGGUGUAAUAAUGAAAUCAAGAGUUAAUGGUAUGUUAGCAGUUACAAGAUCAUUAGGUGAUGUUUUUUUUAAAGAUUUAGUUAUUGGUAAUCCAUAUACAACAAGUGUUGAAUUAAAUUCAGAAACUGAUGAUUUUAUAAUUAUUGCAUGUGAUGGACUUUGGGAUGUUAUUAGUGAUCAACAAGCUUGUGAAUUGAUUCAGAAUUGUGUGGAUGAUCCUACAAAAGCUGCUAAAAAAUUGGUUAAAUAUGCAUUAAAUAAAUUGACUGCUGAUAAUAUAACAGUUAUGGUUAUUUCAUUGAAAUAA